GUGGCCACACCCCCUAAAGAGCGGCUCGUGGAGUGGAGAGAGAGAGCCUCGUCAGGAGGCAGAAACGGGCAAUACGAAAAAAAAAAUACGCUUUUUUUUCACCAAAAUUAAGAGGAAGUCUGUUUUUGACGUGCAAGCCUUUCGACUCAGGAAUGCGUCGCUGAAAAAAAGAAAUCAGGAUUGACACAGAAGGAGCGAGUUUCCUGCAGAUUUUCGUGGUUGGAUUCGCUCGGCUAGUUUAGCUAGCCGGCCUAGCGUUCACCUCUGCCCGCGAAGCUCGUCACCAGUUCCCGGUCUCUGGCUUGUGGAAGGUUGUUUUUAGCGGUACUUAGCUGAGCGGUUGUGCAGUUGAUAGCGAGUUAUCGUUUAUGGGGCGUUUUUAUUGGCCCGUUCACUGGACUGCAUGGUUUGAACAGAGACUGACCAGUUUGUGAGGACGAGCUAACUAGCUAUCUGUCACCUUCGGUCCCACCCUCCUCCUCCUCGCUUCUCUCUCUCUCUCUCUCUCUCUCAGGCUAACAUUAGCUAGCUUCGUGUUAGCAAAGGCUGGCCGCUUUUACAAGACAACUUUACAACACAGCUACCUCUGCUGAGCUUCUUGAAACUCGGUAACGUUAGCGAACAUUAUUGGUGUUUCUUUCUUUAUUUAAAAAAAAACUCUUUAGUUGAUACACUGGCAGGAAGGAAAAUAAAAGCCCAAAGUGUAAGGAAAAGAGUAAAACCUGUGUGUGAGCUGAGCUAGGACAGUUUUUUGUUGUUGCAGGUUCUCUUGACAUCAGUGAAAGGAGCCACUUGUUUAGAGGAACCGCCAAAUAUAUAAAAACCACACACGUGGUUAGUUACUUUGCUUUUUUUUUUUUUUUUUUUAACUCUUAAACUCCCUUCAGUGCAGUUUGGUACCUGGUUGAUACUGAAAUAAAACAUUCACGUAUAUAUUAUAUAAAUAAGCAAAACUCUGGUAGGUAAUCCAUUGGCCUUAAAAACUUGAAAGCUAAUCUGUGAGGCUAUAAACACCCAGAACCAAACAGUUAUCAUUAAUAUAUUUUUAUGCCAGAGAAAUUAUCUAACUUUUUCCCCCCCUGAUUUGUCAGACUAAUCUGGGCUACUGGCAUUGAAAUUUUCUGAAGCAUUGAUCUUUUGUAGGCCUACCUCUCCACACUUCACCGGCUGUCCUGUUAAUUCCUCGCUGGGAUACAGGGCAUAUGUUAUUCCAUCCUUUUUCGACUGGGAUUAGAUCAAGACGUAGAUAAAUAACCCUAACCCUUGCUCCUUUGACAGCAAGCAUUUUCAAUACUGCAGCCUGUCCACUACAUGGACUGAUAAGAAAUAUAUUUAUAUUUUUGUACCACAGUCCAGAAUAUACAGAAAUAACUAGAUAGUUGGGUAUCAGGAUAUCAUCAUCACCAUCCAGCCAUGAGUAUUGAGAUCCCGGCGGGUCUGACCGAGCUUUUGCAGGGUUAUACGGUGGAGGUGCUGCGCCAGAGGCCUCCAGAUCUGGUUGAGUUCGCUGUGCAGUAUUUCACCAGACUCAGAGACACGAGGAGUCAAGAUGGGUCCGGGGCCAUUGCCAAAUCUGCCGGCAAGGGGGUGAUGUUCGAUGGUGAGCCCAUGCAGACGGAGUCUAAUGGCGAAGAUGACGACGAAGAUGACUCUGACUUUGAGCCACCUCCCCCCAGCAGAUUUAACCGGAGAGUGUCGGUGUGUGCCGAGGCGUUUAACCCUGACGAAGAUGAGGAAGACUCCGAGCCAAGAGUCGUUCACCCCAAAACAGAUGAGCAAAGAUGCAGGUUACAGGAGGCUUGCAAAGACAUACUGCUGUUCAAAGCUCUCGACCAGGAGCAGUUUUCAGAAGUGCUGGAUGCCAUGUUUGAAGUGCUUGUGCAGCCACAAGAACACGUAAUCGAUCAGGGAGAUGAUGGGGAUAAUUUCUACGUCAUUGAAAGGGGCGUGUAUGAUAUUGUGGUGCAGAAGGAUGGCGUGGGCUGCUGCGUUGGUCAGUACGAUAACAAGGGCAGCUUUGGAGAGCUGGCGCUUAUGUACAACACACCUCGUGCUGCUACCAUCAUCUCCAAGCAGGAGGGGGCCCUCUGGGGACUGGACCGAGCAACAUUCCGUAGGCUGAUUGUGAAGAACAAUGCGAAGAAGAGAAGGAUGUACGAGUGCUUCAUUGAGUCUGUGCCACUCCUCAAAUCUCUGGAGUUGUCUGAAAGAAUGAAGAUUGUUGACGUUUUGGGGGUGAAGACCUUUCAGGAUGGAGAGAGGAUUAUCAUGCAGGGUGAUAAAGCAAACUGUUUUUACAUUAUUGAAUCUGGGGAUGUGAAGAUCAUGAUGAAGAGUAAAACAAAAGCAGACCAGCAGGAUAAUGCUGAGGUAGAAAUAACUCGUUGCACUAGAGGGCAGUACUUUGGAGAGCUUGCACUUGUAACCAACAAACCACGGGCUGCCUCAGCUUACGCCAUUGGAGAUGUUAAGUGCUUGGUGAUUGAUGUGCAGGCGUUUGAGCGCUUAUUGGGCCCGUGCAAGGAGAUCAUGAAGAGGAACAUUGCUCACUACGAAGAGCAGCUGGUGGCUUUGUUUGGCUCCAGCGUGGAUCUCAGAGACUGACAGAGACUGGCCGUGCCUUACACACCUCACAUACACACUCCACAUACAUGCACACACAAACACUUAAGUAAUCUAAUACAUAUAGUUUAUAUACACACACCACAAUUUGUAGGCACACACUCCUUUUUAUGUUCACCUCCUACCCCAGAAGAGAGACAAUGGAAAUUUCUCUGUAUCCUCCGUUUCUCUUGUACCCUCAAAUCGUCCCCGCUAAUCCCAACACACACUCACUUUCACUCUCUCACAAACACACAGCUGCAGUCUCUACAUUAGCCUCCAUGUCAGCUCUCUGAUGUGAAAUGGAAGCAUUACACGUCCUCGAGCUGUGACCCUCAAGCAACAAGGACGACCGUGCGGACACCAAAACACAUUUGCGUACUUGAUCAUAUUGCAACUUACUUGCAAAACGCACACAGUCCAACAAAUAAAUCCAGCCAAGGACUCAUCCCUUCCCAUGGACAUGCAUUUAAAAGAGAAGAAAAAACUUUAGAGGACAUGAAAUAAUGUUCGGAGAAAGAAAGGAAGCCUGAAAACUGAACUUAAAAUGCAAAAAAAAAAUGGUUGAACAGAAGUUUUAGAAAAAUUUUAUGACCGUGCAAAGCUUUUGAUUAACACUUAUUUAAAUAAGACUUGUUUCCUUUCCUGCUAUUGGUGCAUUGAGUUAGUGCUGGUGGUAUCCACGGUGACCAAUGUUAGAUCCUUGUCUUGCUCACACAAACUCCAUAUAUGGUAUUGAUUUAAUGUAUUAUUAUUAUUAUUAUUACUGCUACUAUUGUUGGGUUUGGUCCCCCCCCUCCCCCCCGCUCUGUUGGAGAAUGUGAGGCAGACUCUAGUGCUUAUUUCUUCUCUUGGUCAUUCUGGAUGAGAUGUUCUGAAAAGUAAAUAAAGCAAAACAUUUUGUUAACAUA